AUGGCGAUUGACGAUAACAAAACAUUUGCAGGCGAUCCCCGGGCCGGCGGACCUCAACCAGUCCCUCUCGAUCGAGACCAAGCUGAUUGCGGUCGAAACCGAUCUCACCGCCGUCAAGCAGGAGGUCGAGACCGAUCUCACCGCCGUCAAGCAGGAGGUCGAGACCGAUCUCACCGCCGUCAAGCAGGAGGUCGAGACCGAUCUCACCGCCGUCAAGCAGGAGGUCGAGACCGAUCUCACCGCCGUCAAGCAGGAGGUCGAGACCGGUCUCACCGCCGUCAAGCAGGAGGUCGAGACCGGUCUCACCGCCGUCCAGAAAGCACUGGCCGAUGUGCUCGAGGCCGUUAA